AUGGGUGUGGAUAUUACUUCACAAGACAUUGAUAUUGCACAUAGAGUCCCAUCUAGAAAUCCAGCUUAUCAUAAGCCCAUAAUUUGUAAAUUUACGAGAAGAUGUAUGAAAGAACAAAUUAUGAUCCACAGACAAGACGCUAGCAAAAUUGAACCGACAGUCCUUGGUCUGCCAUCGGAUGCUUCAAUAUUAAAUGCCAGAGUCUAUGAUCACCUCACUCCAAAAGUGCAAAAGCUCUUAAUGGAAGCAAAGAAAUUCCAACAACAGUAUGCGUAUAAUUCUGCUGGAUUAAGAACUCAACCAUCUAUCUGCGAAAAGCUGAAGAUUCACGCCCAAUAA